AUGACGAGUGGAGUAAUUGUGGAAGAAGGUUUCGUAUACAAGGACGAAACCCAUCUCACUGUUUCAAAGACCUCUCUUUUCUUCGCCGGCGAUGGCUACACUGCUUACGACUGCAAAGGUGAACUCGUCUUCCGAGUCGAAUCAUACGGCCCCAACACUCGUGACACGGGUGAACUCGUUCUCAUGGACGCCUCUGGCAGAUGCCUUCUCACCGUUCGUCGCAAGAGACCGAGUCUCCAUCAAAGGUGGGAAGGCUUCGUAGGGGAGAGAAUUGAGGGACAGAAGCCGAUCUUCAGCGUUCGUAGAUCAUCAAUAAUCGGACGGGGCAGCCUAGCGGUGGAGGUGUACACCAAUCCAGGUGAGGAGUACCAAAUCGAAGGCUCCUUCGCCACCAGGCACUGCACGAUUUUUAAUGCGGAAAAGGAGACAGUGGCCGAGAUUCGACGCAAAGUCGAUGCCACCACUAAUGUCGUGCUCGGGAAAGACGUUUUUUUACUUUCAAUAAAACCGGGUUUUGAUGGUGCCUUUGGUAUGGGGCUAGUCCUAGUGCUUGAUCGAGUCGAUGGUGAUGAUUUAGCUGAUGAAAAUAAUAGUGGGGACCAUGUGGUGGUUGUAAAUCCCACCAAUGAGGAUGCAACUUUUUCUUCUUAA